AUGAUUUACCCGACUGAAGACCAACAAGUUCAAGAACAGUGGAAGAAGGAUAUCGGCGAUCUUCACUUGAUAUAUGAUUACGAUGCUAACAACGUCGAGACUGGUGAGCCUGAAAAAUGGAGAUAUGAAAUGUGGUUCUCUCAUGAAGAUAGAAUAACUUAUGCGAUUCAUGGAGGACCAAUGGCAGGAAGGUAUAAUUAUCAAAAAGCAGAUUAUCAAUGUAUCAGACCAGGUGAAUUAUGGCAAUGUAAUUGGCUAGAAGAGACUGGAACAAUAUGUUCAUUGGUUUACGAUAUCCCAAAAAAGAAGAUUACUACUUUGUUAGGAUUUUCAAGAGGACAUUGGGAUAAUCCUGAAUCUGCUCAUGGGGAUAAGAGGAAUUCAGAAGAUUUCGAACGAUGGCGGGGAUUGGCAAAACAAGGAAAAUCUCAAUCGGAUAGAUUCAUGUUAAAUGAUCAAGCCAACUUACUUGAAUCUUUUAGAGGUCAAGGUGAUUUCAAACCUAUAGAUCCUACUUGGCCCACACUUUGA